AUGACCUUCGAGAGUUCGCCGAGCAACCGAUUUGGCACACCUCUUGUACCGGGAAUAUUUUCCGGCGCGGGCGUAUCGGCCGAGGCGGCCGACCAGAAACUUGCUCGUCCCAUCCGCGCUGCAUCCUUCUCCGCCCUGCUCUCACGGCCCGGCGGACCAGCCUCUGGCACUAAUCCCAUCGCCGUGGGAGGACGCCGACAGGCCCUCGACUUCACGCCCGCCGUGGUAAAAACGACGCCCGGGAGCUCGGCGCAGGCGGCAAGUGGCGGCUUUGAGACUGGGAGGGGGCGUGGCAGUCCUCGACAGCAGCGGCAGCAACAGCAACAGCAGCAGCAGCAGCAGAGAGGUGGCGCAGCCCGCGGCGCGGCACUUGUGCGGCGGGCUUUGAGAGGCCCUCGUCUAUACAGCGCCGGGCGACGAGCGGGCCGCGCCAAAAAGAAAAAGGGGCGCCCACGAGAAUACUUAAAGACGCCGGGCAGCCUCCUGCCACCUGUGGUUGCAGCCCUUCCGCGAAGCUCCGGGCGACGCGCUAACCCGACGACAAAAUAG